GGCAAUACACUCCACUCCGUCUUCGAGUUCUUGGAACAGCUGCUUUUAAAAAACGUACUCAGUUGUGGCGGCGCGACUACAACGACGACGGUUUUUUGAAAUAUUUUUCGUAUUCGUAGUUCGUAGAUACUUUUUUAGUGGGAAAGAGAUACAAAUUGGUGGUGUUCCUUGUUUUAAUAUGUGAAGUUGUGAUUGUGAAUCGCUUGGGCUAUUUAUUGAGUCUGGUGGCGGAUUCAGUUUAUAUUUGGACGACACUUCGUGCAGAUUGCGCGACCGAGUCUGCUUGGUGAAAGAAUUAAAAAGAAAAAAUAAAUAUCUAACAAUCGCGCGCUUUUGCGAAGUUAUAGAAAAUCUUUUAAAUGAUGCCUAAAUAAAAUUAAAGAGGAAGUACCUAAUCUAUGAAUACUUGCUAAGACUAAUCAUCUUAAAACCAAAUCCUGCCAUAAAGACUUAAGUUAUUUUUUUAGAAAAAAAACUAAAAAAAAUAAUUUCCAAUGGGUGCUACAAAGGAAGGUCGAGAGCCGCGCAUUAACAGAAGUUUGAUUUCAAUUAAAAUUGUUACAUUCUUUGUUAUAACUGGUCUUACCGCACUCCAUAUAUUACAUUCGACAAAGCCCCUUCUUCUGGGCUUAAACUUUGAAGAAUACCGAUACAUAAGCAUUUUAGCGCCAUUCAUUUCUAUACUUGGUCCUAUUGUCGUUGGUCCACUUGCCGAUAGAUUUGCUGCAAAAAAUGCCAACAAUUAUGGAAAAAUUCUGCGUAUUCUGACAGCCGUGGUACUUAUAAUAACAAGCAUCAUAUAUGCCUGUCUGUUUGCCGUGCCUGAUGUGCAUCGGGAAGAAGCCCGACGUCCGUCUGUGAGCUUUGGUUGUGAUCAGAAUGGUGCUGUUGUUUUCCAGGAACGUUGUUCUCAGGAAUCCACCUGUCACCACUGGAAGGCCAAAGUGGGAACUGUUAAUUUGACAAAUUGCUCAUACACCUGUCAGAAUCCGACUCAAUUCGAGAGUCUCUACACACCAUGGCUAGAAGGCACACAGGUUCCGUCCACGGAAGAAAUGUCCGAAUCAGAGUACGACCAUGACUAUGAUGAAAACACCGUCACAGAGAGCCAGCGUUCCAAACGACACCUAAAGAAGUCAACCAGCUCGGAAAUAGAAGUUAUGAGUGGCGAAGAAGGUUCUCCUUCAACCCGAGUUGAACGUGAUGCAGUGCCGAAGAAGAUCUAUGUGGAACCUCCACAUUUGUGCUUGACUGAAAAGUCGGAAACCGGAGAGACCAUUGUGAAGCAGUGCCACGUCUAUACCGAUGACACCAAGAACAUCGUAGUGCAUUCAGUUUUACGAAGCGCAACAAACAUUGAAAAUGACACCCACAGUGCAGACUGGUGCAACUAUCCCUUGGAUGGUUUCCAGUGCAAUGUUCCGGAAAUUCAAGCGAAAUGGAUGAUUCAGCUGAAGAACUCAACAAGAUGCAAGCCAAUGAUUGAAUGCGAAGUCAUUAAUCCCUAUGACAGUCGUGAAAGUGUCCUGGCUGAUAGCCAAUGUAUAAAUACCACAGGAGACUUGGAUGCUACAUUGAGCGGAUACUUUGUGAUUCGAAUUCUGGGCGAUGUGUUCGCUUUGGCUGCUUUAACCCUCCUAAAUACUGCUAUUGUCAUAGCCGUACGUGAAACCUCAGAAGGACGUGGAGAAGUCAGCCGUCAAUAUGCCUGGGGAGCCAUUGGCUUUGUCUUACUCUUCCCAGCACUCGACGUAGUUUUCUUCAAUAACGAGACGCAACACACAGCAAAUUUGGUUGCUUUAAUUGUACUGAUAGUAUGCUUUGUUCUUGCUGCUAUAGUCCUUCUUGUAUCUAGUAACAUGCCUCUAAGCCCUCCUGAAUGGUGGUGGCAUACCAAAACAGGAAUGCUAGUCUACCCAAUGUCAGCAAUUCGUCGCUAUAGUCCAGAGAUUAUUGCUCUUACUUUGAUCUCAUUGCUCUUUGGAACGUUCUGGAGCAGUAUCCACAGCUACUUACGUUGGACUUUCUCCGAUGAAUUGGCAAUCACUUCAAUUGGCCUGUUCUUUGUUCUGGUUUUACUGUUUAAUGUCGACAAAUUCAUCGAGUAUUGUGGCCACUCAAAUAUUUUCAUAGCAGCUUUUGCUGUCUUCAUUAUCCGAUUCACUGCUCUAGGAUGUGACUACGAAUGGCUGACAGUUCUAAUGGAAACCCUCGAACCCCUUGUUAUGACAGUUGUAUGGAUUACAAUCAUCAUUUACAUGCGUCACGCCAUGCCACGGAAGCUUACUGCCACUGGACAAGCUCUAGCUGUCAUCGCUUUCUUCGGAAUUGGAAAGGGUUUCGGAGCACUAAUUGGUUUGGCCAGAGAUGAGCGUGCCCCAAGCAGUGCAUCUUCAGACAUAUUUCAAUGGCUUACGAUUGCGGCUAGCAUAGUGGCAGUUGUCUAUUUCGUAAUAUACAAUUUGAUUUUGGCUCCAAGGUUCUCUGCAAAGCCUCAACCAUCCGAUGUUCUGUCCCCUUCAGCUUCUCAGACCCUAAAUGGAGCUGCAACUAAUGGUAACGCUAAUGGCAACGGGAACGGUUCUUAUUCACCGCUUAGAGUUUACCACAAUGAAAGAGGAAAGAAGGGACAAUUUAGGUUUUAAGUUUUUUUUAAUUUUUAUAAAUUUUAUUUAAACAUUUUAUAACAUUUUACAAGGAAAGAGUUUAUAAUUUGAUAAGUGUUAUUUCGAUAAGCAUAUCCUAGAAAGUACCUUAAAGUUGGUUAUUAUUAUUUUGACAAAAAAAAAGAAAAACAAUAACAAUUCAUCACUGAUAUUUAAAAAAAAAAACAAGAUAUUGAAAAUUUGAUAAAGUAUUUUUGUCCACAGCGUAAAAUGCAUUAAAUCAAAAUGAAAGAAAAAAGUUUUUGCUUAAAAUAAAAAAACCCUUAAUGUUAAAUAUACCCCGAUGCCUUCAGAUUUAGUUUGUAUAUUGAAUGUAUAAUAUAAAAUUGUUAAUAUUUAUGAACCUACUAAAUACUUACAAACCUAUUUACUGCAAUAAGAGCUAAAAAACAAUCUUAUAAAUAUACAUAAAUACAGAUCCUCCGUUCAUGGCUAAGAUUUCUUAAACAUUUUUGAAUAUUUAAAAAAUAAAAAAAGUAUUUUUGCUCGAAUUGUAACAAUGUUGACACCGUUUUCAAAUAAAAAGGAAUAAUCAAGAAAUA